AUGGGUUAUGUUCCAGGAGCUGGUUUAGGACGAAACGGUGAAGGCAUGAGGCACCCAAUCCCAAUAAUCGAUAAGCGAAAUCGUCAUGGUUUAGGCUUCGAUGAGAACAUGGGUUCUAAGGUUAUGAAAAAGAAGUCUCUCACUUUGAAUGGGCAAUUUGUGUUGCAAAAUGACACUGAGCCAUUUUAUGAGUUUCCUGAACCUUGGUAUGACUUGGAUAAAGAGAAAAUUCUCCCUGGGUUAGAAAUUUUCUUUGCAGAAGCAAGGAAUGAAGAAUUUAUUAAGAAAUGGUUUGAUAAGAAACCGGUAUCUAAGAAAGAUUUUGAUUGGGCUGACCAUCUAAAGCAAGGAGUUCUAAGAGACGGUUAUGAAACCGAUAGCUCAUCAUCUAGACAAUCAUCUAUCCAUACACUGCCUGAUAUCCCAUAUCAUGAAGAUAUCGAUAAAAUUACUUGUAAACAUAUUUGCGUACAAGAAAUUGAUCUUGAUCAUGAAGCAUUUUCUAAUAAUGAACUUUUCAAUGAACCUAAAUCAUGUGUGACACCCAUGGAAGAGUCUAUAACUGUAAACAUAGUUACGGAUAAUGAUGUAAAAGAAGUCAAGAUAGGAUCCAUCCUUUCCCUCGAUGAACAAAAUGCAUUUAUUAUUUUACUUAAAGAAUAUGUGGAUGUGUUUGCAUGGUCUUAUGCUGAUAUGCCUGGUGUCGAUCAUAGCAUUGCUGAACAUCGUAUACCACUCUAUCCCGAUAGCAAGCCAAAGCAACAAAAGCUUCGUAGAAUGAAACCGAAAGUUAGUCUCAAAGUUAAGGAGGAAAUUCAAAAGCAGCUUGAUGCCAACUUCAUCAAACCAAUUAAGCAUCCGGAAUGGCUGGCGAAUGUGGUGGUAGUACCCAAAAAAGAUGGAAGGGUCAGAGUGUGCAUUGAUUUUAGGGAUUUAAAUUCAGCAUCACCAAAAGACUAUUUUCCUUUACCCCACAUUGAUGUUCUGGUUGAUAACACUGCUGGACACGCCAUGUUCUCAUUCAUGGACGAAUUCUCGGGAUAUAAUCAGGUGCUUAUGUCAAAAGAGGACAUGUCCAAAACUUCUUUUAUUACCCCAUGGGGAACCUUUUGUUAUAGAGCAAUGCCCUUUGGAUUAAAGAAUGCCGAAGCAACCUAUCAACGGGCUGCAACGACGAUUUUACAUGACCUCAUCCACGAUAUUGUGGAGGUUUAUGUUAAUGACAUGAUUGUCAAAAGUCAUGAUCGUGAAACGCACCUUGAUGCUUUAAAAUCAUUCUUCAAUAGAAUUAGGAAAUACAAUCUGAGAUUGAAUCCUCAUAAAUGUGUAUUUGGAGUAACUUCGGGAAAACUUCUAGGCUUCAUCGUAAGUCAAGACGGAAUUAAGGUUGAUUCUGACAAGGUAAAGUCUAUACAAGAGCUUCCUCCGCCAAGGACGAAAAAGGAGAUUCGGGGAUUUCUUGGUAGAAUUCAAUAUAUUAGUAGGUUCAUAUCGCAAUUGACAACCCGGUGUGAACCUAUAUUCAUGUUACUUAAGAAAAAUGUUCCUACAAAAUGGAAUAACGAAUGUCAAGCCUCAUUUGAUUCAAUGAAAGAAUACCUCUCCAAUCCUCCGGUUUUAAUGCCGCCGAAACCAGGGCAGCCCUUGAUAUUAUAUCUUACUAUUACGGAAACAGCCAUGGGAGCUCUUUUGGCACAAUACCAAGAGGGUACAAGGAAAUACACUCCUUUAGAAAGAGCUUGUAUUGCCCUUAUUUACGCGACAAAGAAGCUUCGACAUUAUUUGCAAGCACAUACUACUUAUCUGGUUUCGAGGUUAGAUUCAAUCAAGUACAUUUUUGAGAAGCCAAUCUUGAGUGAAAGAAUAGCAAGGUGGCAUGCGAUAUUGUCAGAAUUUGACAUUCAGUGCGUGAAUCAAAAGUCUGUCAAAGGGAGGGCUAUAUCUGAAGCUUUGGCUGAUGGACCUAUAUCGGGUGAUGAAUUUGAUGAUGAUUUUCCAGAUGAACAUAUUUUCUAUCUUAGUACGUCACAAUGGAAGAUGUAUUUCGACGGAGCCUCAAAUAGAAGGGGAAAUGGUGUAGGGGUAUUAUUGAUCGAUCCUUAUGGAGUACAUAUUCCUUUCGCUGUGAAGCUUAGUUUCCCAACGACGAAUAACACGGCUGAAUAUGAAGCCUGCAUCUAUGGAAUCAAAGCGGCAUUAGCAGCUGGUGCAAAAAAUCUCACAGUAUACGGUGAUUCUUAUCUCAUAAUUUCCCAGACUAUUGGAGCUUGGAAAGUUCGGGACAAAAGGUUGCAAAUGUACACGGAGUAUCUUCAACAAUUUAUCCCAUUCUUUGAAGAAAUAGAGUUCAAACAUCUCCCUCGCGAACAAAACAGUUUCACCGAUGCUUUGGCAAAUCUGGCGGUAAAUUUAACUUGGGACGAUGAUGUGAAGGUACAAUCGGUAACAAUUGUAGAAAAAGAAAUUCCAGUGGUUAAUUUUAAACCAACAAUUGCUUUAUUAACCCAAGAAGAUGAUGAGGAUUCUUGGUAUACUAACGUUAAGAAGUAUUUAAUUAAUGGAGAAUAUCCUGAAGGAAGUCACAAGAAGGAUCAAUUGGCUAUUCGAAGGCUAGCUUCUCAUUUCACAAUAUUGAAAGGUUUGUUAUAUCAUAAGAGUUUUGAUGGAAAUUUGCAAUUAUGCAUCGAUGGGGAGCAGACACGAAGGAUCAUGGAAGAGGUACAUGGGGGAGAAUGUGGGCCUCACAUGAAUGGACGAAUGCUUGCUCAUAAGAUUCUGCGAGCAGGGUAUUACUGGACCACUUUGGAAAGCCAUCUCAAAGAAACCCUUGAGAAAUACAAAAUCAGACAUCACCAAUCAUCACCAUAUCGUCCUCAAACCAAUGGAGCUGUUGAAGCAGCUAACAAAACCUUCAAGACGAUAAUCGCCAAGAUGACAGAUAGGGCUCGAGAAUGGCCCGAUAAACUUCCCUACGCACUUUGGGGAUACAGAAUUUCCAUUCGAACACCAACUGGGACUACUCCAUAUUCUUUGGUAUAUGGAAUGGACCCGCUUCUUCCAAUCGAAACGGAGAUUCAAUCGCUUCGCGUAAUGAAUGAAAGCGAGAUAUCUGAAGAACAAUGGUUUAAAGAACGAUAUGAUGAACUUUCUUUGGCAAGUGAACGAAGGUUACAAGCCCUUCACAACAUUCAAGUUUAUCAAAGACGCAUUGCUCGGGCAUUUAAUAAAAAGGUCAAGGAAAGGAAUAUCCAAAAGGGAGAUUUGGUACUUAAGGAAAAUCGAGCACCGAUUCAUGAUCCACGUGGAAAGUUCAAGCCCAACUGGUUUGGUCCCUUCCUGGUCAAACAUCUUACACCAGCAUGA